GGAGGAAAGAAACAACCAACCCCUACCGCUUUCUUUUCAACAUGGCAGCCAUGGUGCAGAGUGGUGUGUUUCGUCGCUUAGUCCAAAUAGCACUGUGUUUUCUGUUUAUUUCGAUAUCUCUUGUCAAACCUGACGACGAACAGAAAUAUGUUCUCGACGCUGAAAUGUUUGCGAAGGCUGUGAAAGAUAAGGCUCAUUUCAUCAUGUUUUUCGCACCGUGGUGCGGUCAUUGCAAACGACUACAGCCAACAUGGAAUGAACUUGCUGAAAAGUACAACAAUAAUGAAGAUAGUGAAGUUAAUUUGGGCAAGGUUGAUUGCACAGUGGAAACUGCACUGUGUUCUGAAUAUGGAGUUACAGGCUAUCCUACAUUAAAGUUUUUUAGACCAGGUGAAGAGGCGGUAAAAUACCAGGGCAAGCGUGAUGCAGAAACAUUGGAGAAAUUCAUGAAAGAAACUUUGGAUCCUUCUACUAAGGAAGAACCUGAGGUGGCAGCCACUGGACCACCAGAAGCUAAAGAUGGUUUAUACGAGUUGAACGCUGGUAACUUUGACAAACAUGUAGCAAAAGGUAGCCACUUUGUAAAAUUUUAUGCUCCUUGGUGUGGUCACUGUAAACGUCUUGCUCCAACCUGGGAGGAACUUGCAAAAGACUCAGACGGCAAAGUGACUAUCAAUAAGAUUGAUUGCACUUCUGAGAAACCGGUGUGCGAUAAAUUUGAGGUAAGAGGAUACCCAACACUUCUUUUCAUCAAAGAUGGUCAAAAAAUAGAGAAAUAUGGUGGAGCUCGUGAUUUGGAUGCUUUGAAAUCAUAUGUUGAGAAAAUGCAGGCAUCUGGUAAAGAAGCACCUAAGCCUGAAAAGGUUAAGAAGGUAGAGGAAAAACAAGAGGUAAAAAAAGAUGAAGACAAACCAUCAAAGGUUGUAACGCUUGGUGAAGAUUCUUUUGAAACUGGUAUAGGAACCGGCCUUACCUUUGUCAAAUUCUUUGCACCAUGGUGUGGCCAUUGUAAACGUCUUGCUCCAACAUGGGAAGAAUUAGCUGAGAAAGUUGCAAGUAAACCCAAUAUCAAGAUUGCUAAAGUUGAUUGCACUGUAGAUAAAGAUGUAUGCAAAAAAGCAGAGGUUCGUGGAUAUCCAACACUAAUUCUUUAUAGCAAUGGAAAGAAAGUAGAUGAUUAUAACAAGGCAAGAGAAUUGGAUGCCCUGUACAAAUACAUUACAGAGCGCCCCCAUGAUGAGUUGUAAUUCAUCACCUUCAAUAUUUUAAUUUUCUGUUAAACAGAUUUCUUUUAAUAUUUUUUUUUUUUAAUACAAUUGUUUAACUCCCAAAUUUUGUAGCUUUUUGCUUUGUUUCGUUAUUUCUUCAAAAAGGUAUAGAUUGUUUUUUCAAGUAAUACUGAGUCAAAACUGUUGAUACUAAAUAAGUAAACUUGUGAUAUGUCAUAAACAUGGUAUAUAUUUAUGUCAAACCACUUAUUUUCCUAGCUGUUUUUUAGACUGCAUGUGUACAGCCACAUUUUUAUAUCAUGUCAUUCAGUUUUCUCAGUAUUACAUGAACAAGGAUGAAACAAAUGCAACUCUGCGUUACUGUUAUUUCUUGUUGCGACUGUUGAAAUGUUUUUUUUUUUGUUUAAUCUCUAUUUUUAGUAUAAUUUGCUUUAGAAACUGAAUUACCAUAGAAAACCCUGAAAAGAAGCCAAAUGUGUACUUUUUAAAAUCAAGUUUAAAAUACAUUUGCUUUUUCUUAGCACUAGCCAAAUCGAAAUAUUAUUUGAAAACAAGUAGCGCUGAAGUGUUUUCAUUUGAACAUUACCCACAUUGAAAUUCUCAUUUUAACACCUUGCCUUCUAAAGUCUCCACCAACGCGAUAUAAACUGUUUCAUCUUGGCACUAACCAAAUAGAAUUAUUUGAAAACAAGUAGCGCUGAAGUGUUUUCAUUUGAACAUUACCCACAUUGAAAUUCUCAUUUUAACACCUUGCCUUCUAAAGUCUCCACCAACGCGAUAUAAACUGUUUCAUCUUGGCACUAACCAAAUAGAAUUAUUAUUUGAAAACAAGUAGCGCUGAAGUGUUUUCAUUUGAACAAUACCCACAUUGAAAUUCUCAUUUUAACACCUUGCCUUCUAAAGUCUCCACCAACGUGAUAUAAACUGUUUCAUCUUGGCACUAACCAAAUAGAAUUAUUUGAAAACAAGUAGCGCUGAAGUGUUUUCAUUUGAACAAUACCCACAUUGAAAUGUUCUCGUUUUAACACCUUACUUUCUGAAAGCCUCCACAGACUAACCAGUUGGUGAAAAGUUAGCAGGCAAUGUGCACUAGUAAGAUCACAGCAGUAUGAUAUAAACUGUUAAAAAUUGGGUUUGUUUUGCUUAUGAAAAUACCUUUUAUAUAAAAUCAAUAGUGCUGCAACAAAUAUUUUGGUACCAAAUUGAGAUAUAAUUUUCUAUGUACGAGGUGUUGAAAACUAAAGUGCAAUUUCUAGUGUUAUAAAAAGGUACCACUCUUGAAUUUUACAUUGUAUAAUGUGCAUUGAGACCAAAUCAACAGCUGGAAAGACUAAUAUAUUGAUUGGGUAUAAAUAAGCUGGUUAACAUUGUCAGGCCAGUUUACAAUAAAUAAAAGAAAUAUGUUCUGAAAG